UUCAGCCAUUCUUCUUCUUUUUGUUUUUCGACAGUCACUGUAGCAACAGUGACUGUUCAACUUCCAAACCACAAAAUUGACAUCGUCGUUCACUGGAUGGCCACGCUACCUUCACGAAAAAUGUUCAUCUCGUCCUCCUCUAUAAAACCCACCCAAGACCCGAUCCAAUUGGCUACUGAUGAGCUCGAAUCGAAGCUAAGAAAUGGUGAGGCUUUUUCGGCUAUAUUUUUCCAUUUGCUGGCGACUCCGGCACGAAAUCCGUCGAGCCAGGCAUCAGAGGCCAAACUGAACCACAGGAGGGACCUUCAAGAGGUCCAGCUAGCUCGGACCAGCAGCAGUCGAGUGUGCAGGAAUCCACCACCAGGCCAUCUCCUAGCUCCCACGCUAUUUCCAAGCUGUGGAAAAUUUGGGUUUAGUCAAAUUACAGGGGAGUCUCUGCCGAAAUUAAAGCAGGAGUCCAGAGAAAGUUUUAACCAUAUUUAUCUCCAGGAAGGGUAAAGAGGUCAUUGUGCCCGACAAUUGCCAGGUGUCGGACACGCAUAGGGCUUGGCCCGAAUUCCAAAGCGGAAAUUGGGUCGGGUCCUGUCAAUCAAUAUGUUCCUCCAGGUGAAUCUUUACAUGUUGUUCACUCUCAUCUAUCCUGUCAUAUUGAUGCAAAACAAAAUUCUCAUGCUUUACCUAAACUAUUAAAUUAUGGUCUAUUUCAUCUAUCUAAAGCUGAAUUCUUGCAUGUUCUCAC